UACAGACGGCUGCUGCAAAGACUGACAGAAAGAGGAACAGCUAGAUAAAUGCAAAUUAAAAACGAAGGAAAAGGUAGUUCAGGCUGACUUUUGUGCCUUUCAAGUUUUGUAAUUUGAACUAUUGUGGAAAAUAGAGAAAAUGACGAGUCUUCUGUGCAUCACAAUGAUCUCCCUGACCCUGGCUGGCAGUGCAUGCAGUCAGUUGUUGCCCUAUCCAUCAACACCAACAGUCAAUAUCUUUGCAGCCGUAGGCACCGACGUCACCCUGCCCUGCCAGCUCCCAUUGAAAGAUGCCGAGGACUUUGAAAGCCUUGGUAUGCGAAUUAAAUGGACCAAAGUGGCCAAAGAUAAAGCCAUGAAUGAAGAUGUGCUGCUUUCAAUGGGAUUCCACAAGAAGACCUACGGAAGCUUCCUCGACCGUGUGUAUAUGAACGACGACGAUGAUGCCUCCUUAACAUUCAAAGAUGUCUCCACUGAUGACUCGGGCACAUACCGUUGCGAGAUCAUCAAUGGCUUUGAAGACUUUACGCAAGAGAUACUCUUGAAAGUGCAAGGAAGUCUCGCCAAGGGCGCUGUGUUCCCGUACUUCCCCAGGGAGGGCCGCUACAACCUGAACUACGCCCAAGCUACCAAGGCCUGUCUGCAUCAGAAUGCUUCGGUCGCCAACUUAGAUCAACUCCGUCAGGCCUGGAAGGACGGCCUGGACUGGUGCAAUGCUGGCUGGCUGAGUGACGGCACAGUGCACUACCCCGUGGUCAGAGCCAGAGGGCCUUGUGGGGGUAACAGAGGGCCCGGCCUCAUAAGCUAUGGAACUCGCAACAAACAGAACAGCCUCUACGACGUCUUCUGUUUUGCUACUGCACUCAAGGGACAAUUCUACUGGCUGGUCCAGCCUGACAGACUGACCUUUGGCGAGGCUGUGCAGGCGUGCCUAAACGAUGGGGCAGAGAUAGCCAAGGUGGGUCACAUCUACUCUGCCUGGAAGCUCCAAGGCUACGACCGCUGCGACGCUGGAUGGUUGGCUGACGGAAGUGUCCGCUACCCCAUCUCCAGGCCCCGCAAGAACUGCAGUCCCACAGAAGCAGCAGUGCGCUUCGUUGGGUUCCCAGAUAGGAUGCAAAAGUCUUAUGGCGUCUACUGCUACAAAAAGUAGUCGAGGCUGUAGGUAGGAACAGGGAAGCCAUAACCACCAAAGAGAAGCAAACACAACCAUUACAAUCCACCACACAGAAAAUAGGGUUUGUAACUAGUAUGAGCUCAAUGCCUUAAUGAAACUGUGAUAACUGCUAAAGAAAAACUGUACAUCGUACUUCCACAAGCAAUGAAGGAUAAAUUUGUAGCCAUGAAAUGUAUUUGUUUCUCACUCUAAUCGAUAAAUGAAUAAAUUCAACACAAACUGUUAGAAUAUAGGAACCAGUGCUGUAUCAGUGAUUUGAUAGAGAAGAGAACUUGAUGGUUUUGAAACAUCUAAUUUGGGGUUUUGGGGUUAGGAGUAUUCACACUCAUAUGGAGAUAAUUUUUAAACUUUAGAAAAUGAAUGUAAUAUAUGAAUAUAGUAUAUUGAUGGACUAUCCAUCAAUCUCCAGCAAUAGUUUCUGUAAGACCAACCCCCAGUUACACAUACAGUUGUUGUUUUUUACAUGUUUAUCUUUUUUCUAAAGACAAAAACAGAUUCUGUCUGAUUUUUUUGUAUAGUGUCGUUUUUUGUAAAUACAAAAAGCAAGAUUUCAGCGGGAUAAUGCAGAAGUACACAUCUUACCCUUUUUUACUGAACACAACCUUUUACCAAGACAUUCCCUGAUUUUCAAAAAGUUAACAAUUCCCUGCACUAGCUAGAACUACAACUAACAAAUGCUAAAAUUUGCUCCUUGACUGAGGAGACAGAGGUUAUGGGCUCUUAGGCGCACUGUCAUUAAACUGUGUCCAACGUCCAUCUUUUGGACAUGCAGAGCUGGAGCUCUAAAGGUUUUCCACAGCAAAAUGAUAGCGCCCCUUUUUAGGUACUAAUAUAAUAUUUUGUUUUACUUCUUCUAACCCCAGACACUGACUUAUGAUACUUACUGCAUGUUAAUCAUAUGGUCAAAUUGUUUGUAAAAGAAAAAGCAUCUCACACUUGCGCAUAUGUAUACACACAAAAGGGUGAAGAUGUUUUUGUGUCUUAUCACCGUGAAUCCUUUUCAACAAAGCAGAUUGAAAUAAAAAUGUUACUUUUAAAUC